UCGUUUUAACUGCGCCCCCAGCGUCCUGCCGCGCUCCGCGCCUCCUCCGGGCGGCACGGGGUGGAGAGGAGGAGGAGGGCGCGGGGCGCAGGGCCGCCCAGCAGCUAGUCUAGCCAAGGUGGCAGCGGGACUGUCUCUUUAAGCGCUCCGGAGGGGCCGGGCCCCGAGAGCAGCGAGCGCGUUUCCAUGGCACCGAGGCAGCGGGGGCUGCGGGGCCGCUGGGCUCGCAGGUUUCCAGUCGCUCCCGUCCGAGCAAGGGCGCCUAUCUCUGCGGCCCGAGCGCCACCCAGGCGUUCCGCCCGCGCGCUCCUCGUCGUCGGCGAUGCCUAGUGGGGCCGAGCUGCUGCCGCGCCCUCCGCAGGGAGACGCAUCUCGCCGGCCCCGCGAGCCCCGCACACCAACUUCUGCCCCGCGAGCUCAACUUCUGCACGGGGCUUGGACUUGCGGAGCCGGAGUGGCGCGCGGCGCGCAGCCGGGGUGGCGGCUGGAGCCGCUCCGCCCCGCGGAGAUGACCUGGCGACUGUGGCUCUGGUGCUUCUGCGCUUGGGUGGCCGCCGGCUGGCCGCCAGGCAGCGCCCUUCAGCUCCGGCCAGGCAUGCCAAAUGUUUGCGAAGAAGAGCAGCUGACUGUGGUGGGACUACGACAGCCGUGUGUCCAAGCAUUCACGCACACCAUCAAGAUCUGGAAACAGCGUUGCACCAGCCCACAGUGGUGUGUGGGUUAUGAAAGAAGGACCCGAUACUACACCAUCUACAGACAGGCAUACAGCCUGGAGCAGCAAACCGUCUACAAGUGCUGCCCUGGUUGCAGCCGGUGGGACAAGGAGCCUGGCUGCCUAUGCUCUGUCCCUGAAGUGGGGACUUGUGUCCAUGGGAAGAGAUGCUCAGAGGGUGAAGUCCAGCGGUGCCAGUGUUUGGAGGGUUUUCAGGGACCCCACUGUCAAUAUGAUAUAAAUGAAUGUAGCGCUGACAAUGGUGGCUGUCAGGACCAGUGCUGUAAUACAAUUGGCAGUUAUUACUGCAAGUGUCAAGCUGGCCAGAAGCUGGAGGAAGAUGGCAGAGGAUGUAGAGAUGUCGAUGAAUGUGCGGUGUUGAAUGGAGGCUGCCAGCAGCGCUGUAUUAACACUCUGGGCACCUUCCACUGUGAAUGUGAUACGGGAUACAGACUCCAUGCUGAUGAACGCACCUGCAUAAAGAUGGACCCCUGCACGGGUGGGAAUGGAUGUGCCCACAUCUGUCAGAGCGAGAAUGGCAUGGCCAGGUGUGCCUGUCACCCAGGGUACCAACUGUCUGAAGACAAAAAGGCCUGUGCAGACAUAAACGAGUGUGCUGAAAGGCUUGCUCCCUGCAGCCAUCGUUGUGUGAACACAGUGGGAUCCUUCACUUGUGCCUGCCACCCUGGUUUUGAGCUGGGAGCUGAUGGAAAACAGUGUUACAGGGUUGAAUUGGAAAUUGUCAAUAGCUGUGAAAAGAACAAUGGUGGUUGUUCCCAUCACUGUGAACAUGCAGUUGGUGGGCCCCGAUGCUCCUGUAACCAUGGAUACCGGCUCGAUUCAGAUGAGAAAACAUGCAUAGACCUUGAUGAGUGUGACACUGGAGAAGCCUGCUGUGCCCAGUUCUGUAUCAACUAUUCAGGAGGCUAUGAAUGCAGUUGUCGGGAAGGCUUUCAGAUCAGUUCUGAUGGUUGUGGAUGUGAUGAUGUGGAUGAGUGUCUGGAUGUCAGUAUCAUCUGUGACCAACUGUGCAUCAAUUCUGUUGGAACCUAUGAGUGUUCUUGUGAGGAAGGCUACCAAAUUGGAAGCGAUGGGAAAACUUGCAUCUCUUUAGAUGAUGAACUAGAGGAAGAAGAAGAAUUAGACAUUGUGAGGUUUCCGGGUCUUCUAUUCAAGAGCCCACCUCAACUGCUUCCUUAUGUGGCCACCUCUCUGCCUCUCUCCCAUGAAGAUGAAGACAAUGAGGAGGAGAGACAAGAUAUUCCAGGAGAACUGACUGAUUUGCACAGUGUUGUUUGUUUAGAUCACACCUUUGGACAGGACUGCAGUUUGAGCUGUGAGGACUGCAUGAAUGGAGGCCGAUGCCAGGAAGGAAAGAGUGGGUGUUCCUGUCCCAAUGGCUGGGGAGGCAUUCUUUGUAAUGAAACUCAUUCCCCAGAGACCAGUGUGAGAGAGUAUGAUGACAUCUGUGAUUGUCAGAAUGGAGGCACCUGUUACCCUCUGACUGGGCGAUGCAAGUGCCCCCCAGGGGUUCAUGGGAAAACCUGUGGAGACGGAUGCCCAAAAGGAUUCUUUGGGAAGAAUUGCAAGAGGAAAUGUAACUGUGCCAACAAUGGCCAUUGCCACAGGGUAUAUGGAGCCUGUGUGUGCGAGCCAGGGCGCUAUGGGAGGUUUUGUCAUUUGAACUGUCCCAAGGGGGUCUACAGAGCUGGCUGCUCUUCAGAAUGUCAGUGCGUGGAGGAGAACACCCUGGAAUGCAGUGCCAGAAAUGGCAGUUGCACCUGCAAAUCUGGUUACCAAGGCAACAGAUGCCAGAGAGCCUGCCCUGAUGGCCUCUGGGGACCAGCAUGCCAGUUCUUCUGUGGACCCUGUGAGAAUGGAGGUCAGUGCAACAAAGAAACUGGAAACUGUGACUGUCUUCCUGGUUACAUGGGAAAAGCCUGUACCCUAUUUUGUCCACCAGGCACAUACGGGAAGGACUGUAAACAGGUAUGUCAGUGUUCAGCUGAGAAUGAGGAGUGUCACCCAGUCACAGGGAGAUGUACCUGUCUGCCUGGCUACCAUGGAAACCGCUGUCAUCUCCGAUGUCCAAAAGGCACUUAUGGUCCUUAUUGUCGAAGGAAGUGUAAGUGCCUGAACGGUGGCAGCUGUGACACCAUGAUUGGCACCUGUGGCUGCCUUCCUGGCUUCAUCGGGGCUGACUGCAGUCAAACUUGUCCCGAAGGUUACUAUGGGCAGGACUGUGUCCAGCGGUGUUCCUGUGUCUCAGGACAGUGUGACCCAGUGACUGGAAGGUGCCAGUGUCCACCUGGCCAGAUGGGAGCCAGGUGUCAGCAAGUAUGUCCUCCAACAAAAUAUGGCCCAAAUUGUGAACUAAAAUGCACCUGUAAAAAUGGUGGCCUUUGCAAUCCUGUAGAUGGAAGCUGUACCUGUCCCCUUGGAUGGACAGGAGAUUAUUGUGAAAAAGAAUGUUUUCCUGGUUACUAUGGUCCAGGCUGCCGUUUUAAUUGCACGUGUCAGAACAAUGGAGUUUGCAGUAGGUUUUCUGGAAGAUGUGAAUGCCUCCCUGGUUACUACGGAAGAGACUGUGAACAUGCAUGCCUUCCUGGAUUUUAUGGUUUGGAUUGUGCUCACAUCUGUGACUGCAAAAAUGGAGCCAAUUGUGAUGUAGCCAGUGGACAGUGCCUUUGCCCCGCAGGUUUCCAUGGCAACCAGUGUGAAAAAGAAUGCAGGUCAGGCCAGUAUGGACCCAACUGCUCUCUGAAGUGCCAGUGUGUCCACACAGCUCACUGUGACCCUCUUAAUGGGCGCUGCAAUUGCCCGCCAAAGAGAAUGGGUCCAACCUGUGAGGAAAAUGGUUUGGAUGAUCCUCAGUAACCAAAUGCUAACAGCUUUUCAGUGGAUGAAUAGAAUUUUGCUGAGGUUCACCCAUGGUUCAUCAUCUUAACUUUGGCAGAGAAAUGUACUUACUCAACCAUCUUCGGCCCAGCCUCGCCUGUUGUGAGGUGAAAGACAGGACGUCUCAACUUUAUGGCCUCCAAGCACAAGUUCCAUUCUCUAGCCUACCCUUCCCAACUUCCUUUCGCUGAAGAACAUGCCCAAGAAAAAGAGAAUGUUUUUUCAAGGUCCCAAAUCAUAGUAACAUUUUGGACUAAUAAAUGAAACUCUUUUUUUAUAUGCACAGGAGGUAUUUAAAUUUGGAAGUAAGAACUGCUUUUCAGUUCAGGUUGGACUGCACUGAAAUAUUCACACCUAUUCACUGAAGACCUCAGUGACCAUUAAGUAGCUGGAUCCUCUUUAGAAAUGUCUAAAAUUUCAUCUAUUUAUUCUCGGUAUCCUGCUUCACAGCUAAGUCAGCUUCAGAUUGUUAAUGUAUUGUAUUUCAAACAUGACUUUUGGUGUGGGAGGCUAUUAAGACUUUAGCCACAUAAAGAUCAGGGUAAAAGUAUGACGUGCAGACUUAACAAUGAAUCAUCAAAAUGUUUAGUGGUGUUCUCCUCAUCACUGGUCAGCAGACAGGAAGGAAAAGUGAAUACAACUGAUCAAGGCAAGUGCUUAGCCUGCUCCACAGAUUUCCCAUAUGGAGCAGGACCUGAUUGGAAGUAAGCUUUUAAUCCACACUGUAGUCUUGACCCAAGCUGUUCAUCAUUUAGGUUGGUUCUAUAACAUGUGUAAGCAUGAGCCAUGUGAUGAGCCCCAGAGAGACACAUCAAUAAAUAUGAUUAUAUUCUUGCUCUCAGCUGGUGUAUAAGUGUUUAAAAUUUCAGAUGACUGCUUAAUUCACUUUAAAUAACAAUAAUUUUCUUGAUUAGAAAUGUUGUCACUCAUGUUAUCUAAUAGGAUAAACAGAGAAUACUGAAAUUACUUGACUAUAUAUUAGACUUAAAACAAUAUGUACACAAAAUAGUAUUUAAAGCUCUUAAAUAAAAUUUUAAAUAAAAUAUUUAAAACUUUUAAAUAAAAUCUUGAGAAAGAUUUGACAG